AUGUCGGAAGGAAUAUUAGAGGAGGGAAUUAAUCAUGGCCACUAUGCGAAAAAGAAAAAGACCAAACUUGCUGCAACAGAUGAUGAAGAAAUGAUUGAAGUUGUGGACAUGAAUAAUGAUAAACCAAUUGUUGCUACUGCUGCUAAUGGUGAAGGAGGAAAUUCAUCUGAACAAAUGAUGACGCAUAGAAUUGGUUCCAGUCCAAAUUUUAAUCCAAUUUCAGUUCCCAAGGUAAAUGUGUCGUAUGUGGAACAUGCUACAAGGGAUUGGCAAUCAAAUUUUAAGCAAUUUCCACUGAUUGAUACAUCCAAUAUUGAAAAGAAGAAGGUAGUUGAGUUUUACGAAAAGCAAAAUGAAAUGGUUGAUGAGUAUGCAAAACUAUACAAGUCAAAAUUGGAACAUGCAGAUGAAACAACCAGUGAAGGUGAUUUAACAGGAAGAUCUGUUGUUAUGAAUGAAGAUGCAUUCAAACAGGAAGAACAAGUUUCACCUGCAAUGAAACGAUUGGAAUAUUGGUGCAUUCACUUGUCAUUUUGGACUAAUGUUUGCUUAUUUGUGUUGAAAUGUUCUGCGAGUGUCUUGUCAGUUUCCCUUUCAGUUAUUACGUCUACAAUUGAUUCAGCUCUCGAUUUAUUGUCUGGUUUGAUUAUUUAUAUUACUUCAUUGUACAGAAGAAGAAAGAACAAUACCCAAUUGGAAGAAACAGAUUGGAACCAAUUGGAUUUGUUAUCUUUGCAACUUGCAUGUCUCAUUACUGGCGAUGUUUACAAUAAUAAUAGCUCUGCUGAUUCCAAUGCUGAGGUUGAAUGGAUGUUUGGAAUUAUGAUUCCAAAAUAUCUCUCCUCAAUUUUCUAUUGGUAUGGUAUUGGUGUCUUGUUGGCAACUAUUCUCAUCAAAUUGGCUCUCCAUUUGGUUUGCAGAAGAGUCAAACAUUCACCAUCUGUAAUUGCCUACGCAUUCGAUCAUAGAAAUGAUGUCUUAUCGAACAGCUUGUUACUUGUUUCAUUAUUCUUGAGUACUUACUUGUGGUGGUUAGAUUCUAUUGGUGCAGUUCUUUUGAGUACUUAUAUUAUUAAGAGUUGGAUUCAGGAAUCAUUGGAACACAUUACAAAACUGGUUGGCUUGACUGCAGACAAGGAAUAUAUUCAAAAAUUAACAUUUAUGGCCUUGAAUCAUAGUCCUUUAAUUACACAAGUUGAUUCAGUAAUGGCCUACUACUCUGGAGCUAACAUGAUUGUUGAGAUUGAUGUUGUCCUUCCAAAGGAAACUCCACUCUUGGACUCUCACGAUGUUGGUGAAUCAUUGCAAAAGAAGAUUGAAUCAUUACCAGAUGUUGAAAGAUGUUAUGUACAUUUAGAUUAUGAAUUUGAACACACCAAAGAUUAUGAACAUGUAAUUAAGGACUAA